AUCCAGUUGCUAUUGUAACUGGUCAUCUCAAAGCUCCACCUUGUGACAGGUAGGUUUCUCUUAACUCUCGCCCGAAUCUCACUGAACGGUACCUUACAGCUGACAGACACGUCUAAACAGAAGCUGACGGAGACAGUCCUACGGAAGCUGACGGACUAUGCAGGGAAACAAGAAAUGCACAGAUGGGUUCAGUGAUACCUCCAGCAUCGGCAGCGUGCUAGAUGAGGCAGACAGGGAGGUGAGCAACCUCACAGACCGGGCAUUCCGGAGUUUGUGCAUCUCGGAGGACACAUCCUUCCAUGACUCUGACCUGGCUCUGUCCCCAGAUAUCACCAGCCAGGUGUCGGGGACUUUUCACCAGGAGACAGUGAGCCAUGCCAACAGGAAAAGUGGAAUUUGGAGCCAGGUUCCAUCUCAAGGCACAGAGCAUUCUGGCUGGGCAGCCACCUUCCAACAGCAGCCCAAGUACGUUCAGGGAGAGGAAAAGUACCCUAAAAACAGUCCUCUGCCAACACCAGUCCAGAGGAGACUGGAGGUGCCCAUUUCUGGCCUGAGGAGCAGCAACAAGCCCAUCUCCAAAGUCUCAUCACUGAUCAGAUCUUUUGACAGGACAGAGACUCAACCUUGUGACAGCCGGCCUCCUCCCAGCAAGCCUCCGGCUCUCAAAAAUCCCCCCAAGUUUGCACAUCCCCCGGAAAGUGGUGUCAAUUUCUGCUUCGAUUCGGCCUUUCUAACUGUCAGGAGGGUGCCUGCUGAAGUCUCCAACACCCAUCAGAGUAGCCACCAGCCUGGCAGGGCUCCUGGGGAGCAAGAAUCUCCCAAGAACCCAGAAAUAGCCUGUCCCAGCUCAGACAGCCUCCUCCAGACACCGGACCAUGUGGCUGGCUCAUUUGAGUCAAGGUUUCCCUCUCCACCUCUCAACCCAGCCAAAACUGAGCCAGGAAAGGGGAAGGAGUGGAUUCCCAGGAGGACUUUUCUACACAGUGAAAACAGUGCCUUUGAGUCAUGGGACACCCACCAACCAAAGCUCCGGGAGAGAAAGGACAUUGCUGAAACCACCCCAGAAAGCAAAGGCCCCAAACAUUAUGAGGACGUGCCCUUGCUAAAGGAACCCUAUCCUGCACAGUCCAAAGUCUCCCCCUCUCAGGGCCAAGCUAACUGUGCCCAGGAAGAGAACCGGUCACCAUCAGGGACCCAGGUCACAUCUGGAGCUUGGGGUUCCAGGGACCCAGGAUCCCAGGUGUUCCCUGUAGAGGAAAAUGCUUCACAGAUGGACCCUCAGGUGAGACGCAGUCAAGCCCCAUGGAGGAAGCCAAAGACUGGCAAAGGAGGAACAGAUGGCCCACAUGAUACUUUGGAAGACAAGAAACAACCCAAUAGGAGAGGUCUACCUCUGUAUUCAAAGCUUAACCCUCAAGGUCAGCUUCCAGAAAAUGGUGUUCUAGACACGCCAGAGGAGUCCAAUGACCAUUACAGUCCCCCUUUUAACAUCAGUAAACUCCUCACCCCAAUUAUAUCUACAAAGCAUGUCCUGGAAACUUCAGACACCCAACCAGCGGAAAUCAGCCCAUCCCCUGCAGGACAGCUAAAUGGAUACCAGGAGGAGAAGGAGUCCAGUGAGGCUCAGUCCCGGGACAGCUACAAAUCCAAAGCGCCCAGCCUGCUGUUCAACCUCAAGGAUGUUCGGAAGCGUGUCAAGAGUACAUACAGUCCCUUGCCUCUUUUAAAAGGCUUUGAUGAGAAAACCAGGGGCAAGUUUGAUGGCAAGCAAGAACCUCUGAGCAAUGGGGUCACCCUUGCCAACGGCCUGGAAGAAAACCCUCCCCCAGAGCUCUUGAAGGAGACGCUAGAUGGUACCCCUAGCGUUUUGCACAGCAGUAUCCAGAAGGAUCCUGCUAUCGAGUCCAGAGAAUCCUUUGCAGACAGCCACCCGACCCUUAGUUCACCUUCAGCUAGCUCCAAAACCCACUUCUGCGUCAAUGGGGGAGCCGCAGAAAGGAGCAGUAAUGAGAAGGAGGAAGCCAAUGGAGAAUCGGAGCAGAGUCCCUCUGAGGGUGGCGGACAUCCAGACCCCAGGGAAAGCCUUCCCCGGAGAAAACAUCUCUCCCUGAAACUCUUCAACAGGGAGUCUGAAACAGGGCAGGCUGCGGAGAAAAUGAAGCCCCACCAGCUGGAGAAUGGGCUCACGAGAUCCAUCUCCCAAGAGACAGAGCCUGAGCGAGGAAUGGGGCUCCAGGAUGUACCCUUGAACCAGAAGUUCUCCCCAGGACCCCUUUCCCCUGAGGAGGAGGAUGUGUUUUACAGCGACAGCCAGUCUGAUUUUACUCCGUGCCUCCAAACAAAAGCUAAAUUCAGCACCAGCUCUUCAGAUCAAUCCUUUGCUUCUUUUGAUGAUCAGCAGAAGGUGUGGUUUACAGAAGGCUCCCCGGAAGACAGGAAGAGUCAUGUGAGUGCAGGUGACAAUCAGAAGGACGAGAAGGAGACGGCGGUGGUGGAGGAAGAAAAGCCACAGGAUUGUGCCUUGCGUGAUGGACACGGAGGCGUGGACAAGCACAGACAGGAGGAAACACAAAGAAAAGCACUAGGAGUUUCGGGAGGAAGACCCAGGAAAGCAUCAGCGGAAGAAGUCAAUGCCAGAGGUUCUUGGAUGGCGACUGAUAAAGAUGCAGCUCUUUCCCAUGCCAAGGACUCAACCCCCUUGCCAGCCUCUACCAACAAGCACAGACUGUUCCCAAUUAAAGACAACACGCUCAGGGCCACCCCAGUGAUAAAACCAAUUAUCCUGCCUCUCCUGAGGACAGUCUCCUCAGAAGACUCACUUAGUGGUGGACACAAAGAGAAUGAAUUACCAAGGCAGCCGUGGGGCGAAGAUGCUGAUGGCCUUAGUACCUCAGAAAGCCAGGAAACGCCUAACACCUCACUAUCCAAUAACAUGCGGGGCACACAGCAGAAGUGUGUGGAGUAUGAGGGCAUGGAGGAAGACCCGGUACACGCUGCAGCCCGCAAUGAGACUUCUCAGCAAACCCGAAAGGGGAGUUUCUCCUUUCUACCAUUGGUGGAAGAGGAGAGCAGGAUGAACCCACCCCGAGACACAGCGAUAGCGCAGGAGAAAAACAGAUCUGCAGACUCAGGGAAACUUGGGGCUCCGCAGCAUAUCCCUACCAUCGCUUUACCCCCAGAUGACUUAAAAGACUCGCCCCGCUCCCUGCAACAACAUAUCUGUUGGGAAGAGCAAGGUUUCAAAGGCCACUUUUUGUCUGCGCCCAGAGCAGGACCUUCUGGAAGAAGGCAGGUCCCCAGUGAGGCAGCGAUUUCCCCCAACCCCAGCUCUCUAGGAGAGAGCAGUACAUGCUCCCCAGCAGCCAGCACUAUUUGGGAAGAAGCUUCCCAGGCCGCUGGGGAACACUGGUCCCGCCCCUGGGCCAGCCCGGGUCCUACAAGGCUCACCAGGAGAGAGGACAUGACUCAUGGCCUCACAUGGGAAGCUGAAGGGACAGAUCCCCAGCUUGAGCGGUUGGCAGAUCUCAGGUCCCUCUCUCCUCCGAGAGGCAUUUUGCUAGCUGGUGCUGCCGAGAAACCAGAGCCCCCUGCUCUGCAGGAGAAGGCGGCAGGCAAGCCCCCUGCAGUCCCGCCCAAGACCGAGAAGGCCUUGCGCAGGGCCAAGAAGCUGGCAAGCAAGAGGAGGAAGAGUGACCAGGUGCUGGAGAAUCAUGCCGAGGCCUGGGAGGGCAAGUCCUACACAGAGGACACUCAGGGGACAGAGCAAAGGUCUGUAUCUCCUGGAAAAGGGCCUCAGCCCAGGUUCCCUGCCAUCCGUUCCCUGCCGCCGCCCACUCACCGCCACUCAGUGUCCUGCGGCUGGGAGCCUGCAGGGAGACGGCCUUGGGGACCCCAGUCCCUCACACCUCUUCCCCCUUACCCAGCCACCCAGAAGGUGCUCCAGGAUCCUCAGUCAGGACAAUACUUUGUCUUCGAUGUGCCUCUCCAAGUGAAAAUCAAGACUUUUUAUGACCCCGAGACUGGCAAGUAUGUUAAGGUCUCUGUCCCAUCCUCUGAGGAGACCUCCUCAGAGCCACCUCUGCAGGAUGCCCUGGCUGCUCCCUACCUACUGUACCCCGGCUUCCGGCCAGUGCCUGUGACUUCCUUGAUGCCUCUGCGCUGCUCCUCUCAGCUUGCAGCUCCCACUUUUCUCAGGCAGGGUUCCCGGAGCCGCAGGCCCCAGAGUUCCCAGGGCGCUCGACUGCAGCCUGAACCACUGGGUGAGUCCACCCAGCAUACCUCUGUCCAGCGCGCCCGUGGGCCUCCCUGUAGUCCAGAGGAAGAGGGUGCAGAAGCUCCAAGCCUAAAUAUCAUCUCCACAGAUGAUCUAGAGGACUUUGCCACAGAGGGUGUUUCUUGAGAAUUGCAGCAGACUGACUUCCCCCACUCUCGAAAACAAGAAAGCUUACAGUCACAGACCCUCUCCAACAAUGUCUC